AUGGAGGGAGCCUUCCAGGUGUGCAGGAACUGCAAAAGAAAGGUGGCCUCCAACCACCUGGCCCUCCAUGAGGCCCACUGUCUGAUGUUUCUGGUCCUCUGCCCGGAGUGCAAGGAACCCGUCUUGCAGCAUGAGAUGGAAGAACACCGCCAGGGUGGGCACCAGCAGGUGGGAUGCGCCAUGUGUCAGCAGAGCCUGCCGAAGCACUCGCUGGAGAGUCACGAGGCCGAGGAAUGCCAGGAGCGCCCGGUUGAGUGCCAGUUCUGCCAGCUGGCCGUACGCCUGAACAAGGUGGGCCUCCAUGAGCACCACUGCGGCCGGCAGACGGAGCUCUGCCCAGACUGCGGCCAGCACGUCAUGCUCCGCAUGCUGGCUCAGCACAGAGAAGUGUGUCAGCGUGAGCAGCCCCGGCUCCAGAAAGGGAAGAGCAUUCCAGCUCCUGAAAGCAACAUCUGCUGUCAUUAUUGCAACCAAAUGAUUCCAGGAAAUAAGUAUUUCUACCAUCUGGAUAGAUGCCGUCGAGUCUCAGGUGCUGUGACACCUUCUCCAGCGGGGAAAUCAGAAAUUCCUCCUUCAUCCCCUUCGAGUCGGGCUGCUGAAGACCAGACUUCCAAGGCAGAGGAAGAUGUCCGUCCAAAGCUGAAAAAUAGACACAGAGCUCCCUUUCUUUCUGAAAAGUCAACAAGGCAAGCGCCACGAGGCACAAACAAAACCACGAAUCUGUCUUUGAAGUCCAAUGGCAAGCUCAGAGCCUCCUCUCCUGUAGAAGAUGAGACAGCCUAUGACAUUCUGAGGAGAUGUUCUCAGUGUGGUAUCCUACUUCCCCUGCCAACCCUAAACCACCACCAGGAGAAAUGCCGGCGGUUAGCUUCAUCAAAAGGAAAACAAGUGAGAAGUUCCAGCUAGCUUUGCGAAAGAGAUGGUUGGUCUGCCCAAGAGCUACAGCUAAACCAGGAGGAAAAGAGAAUGCCAACUCUUCUGCCUGAGAAUUCUGAUCAAGCAUCUAGGCCCAACCCAGCCUGGACAC